UUUAGGGAUCUGUUGAAAUUAACUGUUAAAAUAUUGGUAUGGGGUUUUACAUUGAGAGACCAAAAAUGUUAAUAAUUCAAUGCAUAGUCUCAUUUUCCCACUUGUGAGGCAAGUUACCAUCUGUUGAUCCAUUCCAGAAGCAAGAAUUGCUGAUGUGAAGCCCUGCUUCAGAUUUUUUCAUGAUUAAACACAUAACUGUAAACUUGAAAUUCGAGUUAAAUUCUUGCAACUUUGAUACAACAUCUCUAGAUAUUAAACUUGUCCAAUUUUGAGCAUCAGCCGCAUUAUAUUCUUUGUCUUCCAAGAUUAAUUUAACUACUUUAUCAGUAAUUUCCUUAACCUCCUCCCUUAUCUCAUAAAAACCAGUCAACUUAUCAGCCAUUUU